CGGCCAGUCGACUGCAGCCCUCCGUCCGGGGACGACCUGAGAGAGACAGCAAGACCGCUUCUGCGACCGAGUGGUGUGUGGCACCCCCCGAAUUGCACCAGAGUAGGCAACACGCAUUAUUCCCAUAGAGUAGUGUGAGCUCCGCUUUUGUCGGUCGGUGUCUCUCAAUUGCCGAAUUUAGUCUCAGUGUUCGUCCAACCGUAGCGAGCAGUUUGCAAAAUCAAUCCCAGUCGCUCUCUCUAAUCUUUGCAAAAACCAUGUCGGACGCGUCCCCUCAAGAGCCAGGCACCGACGAGGUCGAAGCGCCGAGCACCACCUCGCCGAGGAAGGCCGUGGCGCGAGCAAAGUCGGCCGUUGACGUCGCUGCCGUGGCGUCCGACUCGGAGCCCGAGAACGGCGACUCCAACGCCAACCAGGACGACUCGCGCACCACCUUCUGGGGCUACUCCAAGUCCAGGAUGGACGACGACACGCCCGUCCAGUUCGCGAAAAACAAGGAGGCGGCCGCCGGCGCCCCCGAGGCCGGCGGCGGCGGCGGCACCAUGGCCGUCUCCAAGCGGCCGGUCAAUAAUUUGUCCUACUGGCGCGCCCGCAAAGUAAUCUUCUACAAAAAUGGCGACCCCUACUUUCCGGGGGUCGAGUUCCGGUUCAAGCCGACCAGGGACAUCAUGUCCAUGGAGGCGCUCCUGGACAAGGUGUCUCUGCGCAUUGACCUGCCGACCGGCGCCAGAUACAUUUUCACCGUCAACGGCGAACGCGUCACCUCGCUCGAGCAGCUGGAGGACGGCGGCAGCUACGUCGUCUCCUCGUACAAGAUCUUUAAGCCAGGGAAUUACGGGAAAAAGCGAGCUGGCAAUUUCUACAGCACGCCCAACUCCCCCGAGAUGGCCACCAAGCCGAUGAUCGCUGUUGGCCACGGCAACUGGAGGUCCAACAAGAAAAGCAUGAACUCAACAGUGCCCAACGCAGGAUCCAAAGGCAGCUCCGGAAGAAUUAUUCGCAUUGUAAACGGACACGAUCACAGCGUGCAGUGUCGGGUUUUGCUGAAUCUGCGUACGACGCAACCCUUCGAGGAAGUGCUUGACGAUUUGGGACAGGUGCUCAAGAUGGGCGGCGCCAAGAGGAUGUUCACCCUAGGCGGACAGGAGGUGCGCAGUUUUUCACAAUUGCGAAACGAAUACGCCGAAGUAGACACUUUUUAUUUGAACAAUUCGUCGGGUCGUCGAUCUCGAACGCCGAGCGGAGGCGCCGCCGUGGGCCCAACCCUAUCUGGUAGCAACAUGUACCUUUAUGACGAGUACGACCCUCCGGCUCGCAAACCAGCCAUGUCCGCUCGCAACCCUAGCAGACAGAGGGUGCUCAGCGAACCCGACCUCAGACACUCGUCCAUGGGAAACCACGACUCAAUAGACUACGACGUGACAGAAGUGGGUUCUGGAAAGGAGCCGGCAAGGGUGGUAAUCAAGGGUAACAAAAAGGUCUUCUUCCCGCCGAUGCAUCAGAAACUAUUCGACCCGACACCUCCAGACAAGCGAAUGCAACUUAGCUGGGUUUACGGAUAUCGCGGCUUCGACUCGAAAAAGAAUCUGUGGGUGCUGCCGACGGGUGAAAUUAUGUACUAUGUCGCCGCCGUGGCCGUUUUGUAUGACAAAGAUGAGGAGUCUCAAAGGCACUACACAGGACACACAGAAGAUAUUGUCUGCAUGGACCUUCACCCCUCCAGAGAAAUGGUAGCCUCUGGUCAGAAGGCGGGUCGAAACAGAAAAACGCAGGCUCACGUGCGAAUCUGGAGUCCGGAAACGCUUCUCACGCUAUAUGUUUUCGGCAUGGGCGAAUUCUCGGUUGAAGUCUCGGCGGUCGCUUUUUCACAACUGAAUGGUGGAAGCUACGCUUUGGCAGUCGACGGCGGACGGGAGCGAAUUUUGUCCGUCUGGCAAUGGCAAUGGGGACACUUGUUGGGCAAAGUUGCUACGUUACAAGACGAACUUUCCGGUGCUCAAUUCCACCCGUUAGACGACAAUUUGGUGAUCACGUACGGAAAGAGCCACUUGGCCUUCUGGACGCGACGCAAGGACGGCUUCUUCGAGAGGACCGAUUUGGUGAAGCCGCCGUCGCCAACCAACAUCGUUUGCCUCCAGUUCGAGCCGGACGGUGACGUCGUCACGGCCGAUAGCGACGGAUUUAUCACAAUUUAUUCCAUCGACAGCGAAGGAUCCUACUUCGUGCGCCUUGAGUUCGAGGCCCACGCGAGAGGGAUCGGCUCGCUGGUCAUGCUGUCCGAGGGUACCCUUUUGUCUGGCGGCGAAAAGGACAGGCGGCUGAUUGCGUGGGACAGCAUGCAGAACUAUAAGAAAAUCGCCGAAACAAAAUUGCCUGAGAGUGCGGGUGGCAUCAGGACAAUUUACCCACAGCGACCAGGCAGGAACGACGGGAACGUGUACAUUGGAACAGUCAAGAACAACAUCGUCGAGGGCUCGCUCCAAAGGAGGUUCAACCAGUUGGUUUUCGGACAUCACAAAUUAUUGGUUGGCAUGGCCGUGCACCCCGACGAGGAAAUGUUCGCCACAGCCGGCCAGGAUAAAUGCAUAGCCCUGUGGAGGAGAAACGGUCUCAUUUGGAACACACAGACACAAAUGGAGUGUGUUUCGAUUUGUUUCCACCCUGACGCUGGCGUUUUGGCGGCGGGAACAGGCGAUGGCCACCUUUUGGUCCUGAAUGCUGAAAAUGGAAAUCCAGUGUCUCGUUUCAGAGUGUGCGGCUCGUCGCUCAACUGUGUGGCUUACAGUCCAAUCGGCGACAUAAUCGCGAUCGGCAGCCAGAACGGCAGCGUGUACCUUUUCCGGGUGAGCAGGGACGGCUUCUCGUACAAAAAGUACAACAAAAUCAAGGGCAGCAGCCCGCUGGCGUGCAUGGACUGGAGCGUGGACAGCAACUACCUGCAGACCGUGACCACCGAAUUCGACCUCAUUUACUGGGACGUGAAGACGAUGACGUGCGGAAAAAGUCCAACGGCCAUGAAGGACGUCAAGUGGUUCACGCAGACUUGCACCCUCGGAUUCAACACAGCCGGAAUUUGGAACAACCGCUUCUACCCAAUGCGGAACACAAUUUCCACUUGCCACCGCUCGAGCAAUCACGACAUGCUGAUAGUCGGCGACACCGACGGCCAUCUACGACUAUUUAGGUACCCUUGCAUAGCACCGCGUGCCGAAUACAAUGAAGUCAAGGGCCAGAGCAACACCUUGGCUGCGGCCCGCUUCCUUUCGCUGGACCAGAGUGUGGUGACCGUCGGCGGCAGUGACGCGUCCCUCAUGCUGUGGGACUUGGUGGACGAGUGACGAGACGCUCCCUCCUCGAAAAGGAACAAAACGCGAAUCCCACGUGCAAAAACUCAAAUGACCAACGAAGAACUAGAUUAGGAAAACAAGUUUAUAGAAUUACAACUUUAAAUUAAGUACACCCAAGACGCCCUCACGGUAGCCAAUAGUAAAUUUAAUCAAGUCGAAAUACAAGGUCUCGAGGAAAGACGAAGCGACAAAUCUUAGUAUUCAUCUUUUGAGGCAAACACAUAGAAACAAAAUCUCUGGGUUUAGGAAAGCUCAUAUUUUAAAAAUAAAACACAAAACGACCUGGCACUGUUUUGUACCCUACUUGGUCAAAAUCUUUCCUGUUUAAAAAAUUUCCAAACAAAAAAUUUACCAAAAAAAAUUUUACUCAUUGUCAGCUUCUUCAAAUCUGGUCCCAAUCAAUCAAUAGGUUUUGAUAACUAAUCAGCAAAACUGUCGAUUUGCUCAAGGAAAGAAAAUUCUAGGCGUACCACUUAUUUCAUCUCCUUCCUCACUCAUACAUCAUAUUGCAAACAUACGCCGCUCAUUCAUUAAGCAAACAUUUAUUCAGCGGAGCACGUUUCAAGUUGCCUUGAGACUCGGGGCAUGCCACGAAAAUAUUUAAUGGCAGCUCGGCCCAAGGUCUUUGCGCCCCCUUAUUGAUGCGAUUAGAUUUUUGGAUAGCACCCUAUAUUGCACCUGAGCAACACAAUAAAAUAUCUUAACACACUUGGCCCAAAUUCUUCUAAGUGUUUAUUGGGCAGCCACAAACAUUUCUUGGCGAUGAUUUUUGAUCUGGGACCAAGGCCAUCAUAUCCUUCCACAAUAAAAAGAAAUUGCAGGCAAAUUUAUUAGCUAGAAAAGCUGUUAGACCUCGAUUCCCUGGAAAAGGCCAUUGCGGUGUUUUUGGCCACGCAAUUUGUAGUUUUCUUCACUAUUUGUAAGAUUCAAUCUAUGUAUUAAUAAUAUCUAGGGCACAUUGUCAAGUUGAUUUACAAACCCCAGUUUGAAAAUCUGCAUUAUUUUCUUAAACGGUACAAUUGGAUGAUUAAAAAUUUAAAUAAAAGCGUACU